AUGGACAGAGGGGCGCAGCCAGGAUGUGGAUGUGGCCACAAUGGACAGCCACGCGCCGGAGGGCGGCUGAGCCUGCGGGUGACAGCAGCAGAGGCCCCGCCCCGUGGAGCGGGCAUCAUGGCUGUGUCAAGGAAGAUGCCCGCGACGCCAUUGCCUGGCACAGGCGAGAGCGGGAAGAGCACGUUCAUCAAGCAGAUGCGCAUCAUCCACGGGGCGGGCUACUCCGAGGAGGACAAGCGGGGCUUCACCAAGCUGGUCUACCAGAACAUCUUCACCGCCAUGCAGGCCAUGAUCCGUGCCAUGGAGACACUGAAGAUCCUCUACAAGUAUGAGCAGAACAAGGCCAACGCACUCCUGAUCCGGGAGGUGGACGUGGAGAAGGUAACCACGUUCGAGCAGCAGUAUGUGAACGCCAUCAAGACGCUGUGGAACGACCCCGGCAUCCAGGAGUGCUACGACCGCCGGCGCGAGUUCCAGCUCUCCGACUCGGCUAAGUAUUACCUGACUGACGUGGACCGCAUUGCCACCGUGGGCUACCUGCCCACCCAGCAGGACGUGCUUCGGGUCCGCGUGCCCACCACUGGCAUCAUCGAGUACCCCUUCGACCUGGAGAACAUCAUCUUCAGGAUGGUGGACGUGGGUGGACAGCGAUCAGAGAGGAGGAAGUGGAUCCACUGCUUUGAGAACGUCACGUCCAUCAUGUUUCUCGUGGCGCUCAGCGAGUACGACCAGGUCCUGGUGGAGUCUGAUAAUGAGAACCGCAUGGAGGAGAGCAAGGCGCUCUUCCGCACCAUCAUCACCUACCCCUGGUUCCAGAACUCCUCCGUCAUCCUCUUCCUCAACAAGAAGGACCUGCUGGAGGACAAGGUUCUGCACUCGCAUCUCGUCGACUACUUCCCGGAGUUUGACGGGCCCCAGCGGGACGCGCAGGCCGCCCGCGAGUUCAUCCUGAAGAUGUUCGUGGACCUGAACCCCGACAGCGACAAGAUCAUCUACUCGCAUUUCACGUGCGCCACGGACACGGAGAACAUCCGCUUCGUGUUCGCGGCGGUGAAGGACACCAUCCUGCAGCUCAACCUGAAGGAGUACAACCUGGUGUAGCCGCGCCGCGGCCGGGCGCCCCG